GAUGCUGCCGCUCUUCUCAAGUCCAUCUCUACUUUUGGCUUUUUCUUUUGGAUCUCCGUGUUGGACAAGGUGUUGAACGUAACACAGGCGAUGUCUCUGUACCUCCAAGGUUCCACAGUGGAUCUUCAGCUGGCAAGAAAGUACGCACAGUCUGUCAUCAAAACUUUCGAAGAUUACAGAAGUGACAAAGAGUUCAAUUAUUUAUGGAAGUCUUUGCUCAAUGAUAGUCGGAGACUGGGACUGGAGCCACCUGGACUACAGAGACAAAGGCGACUACCAAGACGAUUGGAUACAGGUGGUUCUGAACACCAUAGUCCAAAGAGUGCAGAAGAACUCUGUAGAACAAUGUACUUCGAACUCUUGGAUAUUUUGAUGACACAGCUCAGAGACCGGUUCUGCAGUGAGGAUUUGACGAUUGCUAUGAAAGUUCAGAGUCUACUUCUAGAAUCCGCGACAACUGAAGAACCCGACUUACAGAUGGUCGAAGAUGUAGUACACUUCAGUUCUACGACGACGACUUUGAUGCUCCUCCAAGUCAUGUGAAAGCCCAGCUUCAGGUUUUCUAUAACUUUGUUAAGCAGAAUGCUGGCGAAAACACCGUUCACACUGUCAAGGAAUUGACCGUAUUCUUUGUUGACCAUGGUUUUAGAGCCUUGU